AUGAAGUUGUCCGGAUCAUCCAAAAUGCUACUAAUUACUCUUACUAUGGCAGAACUGUUUAUCGAACAUCACCGACUCAUCCGUGGUCGAAAUGCGUAUCGACUGAAAACUGAAAAGAUAAUUUUACAAGAAAUUCAUGAUGGGAUAUGUGGAGCUCAUGAGGGGGCUUCCACAAUAGCAAGGAAAAUAAUGCUACAAGCGCACCCCCAGACCAAUGGAAUAAUAGAAGUCACCAACCGAACUCUGAUUCAAGGGAUCAAAAAAAGGUUGGACGAAGCAAAAGGGAAUUGGGUGGAUGAACUAUACAGUGUCCUAUGGGCAUAUAGCUACACAUCAAUAAAAAAAACAGGCGAGACGCUUUUUAGACUAGCAUAUGGAAUAGAAGCUAUAAUUCUAGUAAAAAUUGGAAUGCCAAGAAUAAGAGUAAACUACAUGGAAGAAUCAUCAUAUGAAGAAAAAAUAAGACGCUGUCUCGAUCUGCUUGAGGAGAGAAGAAACCAAGCCGAAGCCUACAAGAAACAAGUUGCUCAAUAUCAUAACAGAAAAGUCAAGCCAAGAAAGUUUGAAAAAGGAGACUUGGUCCUAAGAAACGCUGGGAUUGAAAGAGGCAACGCUAGAUCAAAAACAAUCCAGCCUAAGUGGGAAGGACCCUAUAUAUUUGAAGAAACUAUUAAAAUAGGAGCUUACAAGCUGAAAACACUAGAAAGAUUGCUGGUACCGAGAUACUGGAACAUCGAACAUUUGAAGAAAUGUUAUCAUUAA